AUUCUAUUUAAAUUUCAACUAGCAAACUUUCAACAUGAAGCUGUCCAUACGCACGCUGGAUCAGCGCACAAUUAGCCUGGAAUUGGUGGAUGAUUCGCAGAAUGUGCUUCAACUGAAGCAGCGUUUGGUGCAGCUGCCGGAGAUUAAGCAUCCAGUGGAGCAGCUGCAGUUGAUCUAUGCGGGACGCAUUAUGGAGGACGAGCAGCCGCUGAAGCAGUACAACAUUGUGGAGAACAAGUUCAUAGUGCUGAUGACCAAGCGAGGUGAGGCAGAACAGCAGAAGUUGAAGGAGGAGAUAAAGGAGUCGAAAACGGAGUCGCAAGUGGUGUCAAAAGGGGAACCAAUAGCGGAGUCAAAAGGGGAACCAAUAGCGGACUCUAAAGAGGUAUCCACGCCGCAGUCUGAGCAGCCUCCUCUGCCUGUUGUUACUCCGCCUUCCUUGACACACAAUGAGCAGCUUGUGCGGAAUCUCAUGGACAUGGGCUACGAGGAGCAGCAAGUGCGCGCAGCUCUUCGCGCCAGUUUUAAUCAUCCGGAGCGUGCCAUCGAGUAUCUAAUCAGCGGCAUUCCAUCCACAGAAGUCGAGCGAAGCAGCCCAGCAGCUGCUACACCAGCUCCGACUCCAGCUCCAGCUCCCGAUGGAUCAUCCGACUCGACAGCGGAGCGACUGCAGCAUUUGGCAGCCGAUCCUCGCUUCGCUCAUGUGCGUGACAUGAUUCGUCAGAAUCCACAGUUGCUCGAAGUGGUUUUGGCGCAUCUCAGCGAAUCGGCUCCGCACACCUUUGAAGCGAUCCGCAGUCAUCAGGACGAGUUUAUAGCCAUGUUGAAUGCGGCGCCUGGCGAGGAUGCGGCUGCCACACAGCUCACCAGCGAGGAGGAGGCGGCUGUGGAGCGUCUGAUGGCACUGGGCUUUGAUCGCGCGACUGUGUUGCAAGUGUAUGUGGCAUGCGACAAGAACGAGGAGUUGACAGCUGAUAUACUCUUCAGUCAGACAGAUGAAGAGGACGAGGAUUAAACACACAAAUACUCUAAAAAGACUUUGUACACGUUUUGGAAUAAAGCAGACGGUAAAAGGGCACAAAAUUCAAAUUGGCA